AUGCCGAGAGACGCCACACGGUCGAUUGCCAGCGCUGGUAGCGAGUCGAUUGGAAGCCAUCGGCAGCGAUCCUCGUCCACCCGCGGAGAACGCUCCGCCUCCAACCCGGCCUCGUUCUCUGCCGAGACCAGUAACUAUGACACGGCAUUACCGCCCAUCAAUUUCCAGACCCAGCCGCCGCUCGCCCACCGCCGCACCGGGAGCACGCUGAAGACGGUCAUGCGCAAGAUCUUCAACCGGAAAAGACAGAGCCAGACGGAUGGCCUGGAGGAGAACCCCCACGAGUCCUUUUAUGAUACCCAAACCGCGAGGCAGUCUGGCCCUACGGGAGAAGGCAAAUCUUUCUUGGCUGUACCGACACCGUCGGACUCCAAGCGAAGUAGUCCCCUCUCCGUGGAGAACCUGCAUCUGGCCAACAAUCAUCUCUCGCCUACCACCGCCGGUCCUGGAUCGAUGGCCUCGAGUGGGAUGCCGUCGCGCCGACGACGGGCGACUCUUCCCAGUGUGAUCUUUUCCGACGACGAAUCUAGAUAUGGGGUGGCGUCUAGUGCUAUAUCCGAUCCCCAGGAAGACAGACCGCAUAUGCCGGACCAAGAACGGAGGAUCAAUAUGCUACAUGCUCGCAGACGGUCAAGAAGCACCGAUGCCCUGCAUCGUCUCGCAAACGAGCAGCAUGAUUCACCGUCUCCCUGGCCCGCGCGCACGACCUCGGCCCCCGGCUCCAAAUCCUCGCCGUUCGAGGAGAGCUCUUUGAGCGGGCAAUCAGGCCGUCCCUCGACGGGAACGACCGUCACCAGCGUCACGCGCGGAUCAGCUGAGCCAUCUAUCCCCGAGUCGGAUCAGCACGCGGAGCAAGUCAGUCUGCCGCCGAAUGUUGGCAAUCUGGUCAACACGAUGCAACAAGACGACAGCGUAACCCUCGAGCAACGGUUAACAACCCUGGAGGUGAAGAUGAUCGAUCUGGAAUUCGCCAUUGCCCGGAUGCAAUCGAGUCCCAGCGAUACCGCACCCCCCGGCCGGUCCUCGCGCCAGAAACACGUCCCUUCCUUCGACUCAUUCUCCCCCCAUAUCCGCGCCAAACCCUCCACCUUCCUGGGUGCCGCCGACCGCGACGAAUCCCCCAGCCCACUAGCCAACCCUCUCCCCAACCGCCCGACCAGCACGAGCACGAUCCGCCCCGAAACCAUGACCUCGCGCUCCCUGCGCCCCGCUCCUUCCUCGACCUCCCUCUCCGACCUGCACGGCGUCUCGAUCGAGCAGUACAGCGCACUGGUAAUGCUCCUGCGGCGCGAGCAGACCGCCCGCCGCAACCUCGAAACGCAAGUCUCGGGCCUCCGCGACGAUAUUCGCCAGAUCCAGCGCGCAGCCCUGCGCUCCAUGGAGCUGGGGACUAUGUCCCCGAUCCAUACCGUCGAGUCGCAGGAGUUCCUGCGCUUCCGACGCGCCUUGGAUGACGAUGAUUCAUCGUCGCCGAUCCGCGGCGAUGAGAAGCCUCAUGCCCAUGCCGGGUUCGAUAGUGACUCGGAUUGGGAGCGCUCGGAUAGCAAUCUUCGCGAGGACCCGUUUGGUCCACCAAAGUGGGAGCGUGGGCAGCGUAUUGUUACGGCGCCUAUGAUCUGA